AUGGCUUUACAAGACGUCGUCACUAGGGAAUACACCAUUAACUUGCACAAGAGAUUGCACGGUGUUCACUUCAAAAAGAGAGCUCCAAAGGCUGUCAAAGAAAUCAGAAAGUUUGCCACUUUACACAUGGGAACCACUGAUGUUAGAUUAGACCCAAAAUUGAACGUUGCUUUGUGGAAGAGAGGUGUCCAAGGUGUUGAACACAGAAUGAGAUUGAGAAUUUCAAGAAAGAGAAAUGAUGAAGAAAACUCCAAGGAAAAAUUAUUUGCUUAUGUUGAACCAGUAAUUGUUCCUUCUACUAAAGGUUUACAAACUGUUGUUGUUGAAGAUGAAGAGUAA